AUGAAGUUACCUUUACAGGUGUUACACCUGCUAGCUGUGUCAGUGUUACCUGUUCAGUACACCAGGGGAACAGACCUACCACAGGAAGCAGCUGACAUCCACCAUUCCCUGAAAUAUUACCAGAUCACUGAGCCGUACAGAUUAGAACAACCAGCCAACCAGGCACAGGGAAAUGACCUCACAAUUUCUCUGUCAGCUUUUGGGACGAACUUCACCCUUGAUCUGACCUUAAACAGAAACCUUGUCCCGAGAAGUGCAAAGCGACACCUGUGUCACUACCAAGGUGAAGUUCGGGGCUCACCAGGUUCCGUAGCAGUCAUCAGUACAUGUAGGGGGGUCAGAGGGUCCAUCCAUGUGGAUGAUGAUGUGUUCUUCCUCCAGCCGACCCCUGGCUCAGGCCACAUUGUGUUCAGACAACAGGACAUACAGUCGGAGGGGAGGCAGGGAGGGCACUGUGGGUCCCAUGAUGCUGAACUCGUGUCAACUUUGAACAAGAGCAGCUUCUCUCUACAGAGGGCGAAACGUGACGUCUACAGUGAGACAAAAUAUGUGGAACUGAUCCUGGUGGCAGACAGUCGAGAGGUCCAGGAUGUGGGUAGUGUCGCAGCAACACAAGACAGGAUGGUAGAGGUGGCCAACUAUGUGGACACGUUUUACAAGCCGCUGAACAUCCGAGUGGCCCUGGUUGGGUUGGAGGUGUGGACCAGUAACCCCAUCACUGUAGACAGGAGCCUACAGAGAACACUGGACAGGUUUCUGGAGUGGAGACGCACCUCACUGGUCAGGAGACAGAGUAACGACAACGCACAGUUGGUCAGUGGACAGACCUUUUUCGGGGGUGGUGAGAUCGGCAUGGCACCGUUUGCCUCCAUCUGUACAUCUGCUCGAUCAGGGGGAGUGACCGAGGACAUGUUCGCGUCUAGCACAGGCCCAGUGCUGUAUGUGGCGUCGACCGUGGCUCAUGAGUUAGGGCACAACCUGGGCCUGAACCACGACACGGGCGGGAACUGUCGCUGUCCUGUCGACGAUAGCAACGGGGGCUGCAUCAUGAGACCAGCACAAGGGAACAUCCCACCCCAGCAGUUCUCGGCCUGUAGUGCAGAGGGUUUGAGACAGGCCUUGGAGAGAGGCGUGGGCCCGUGCCUGUACAACGUGCCUGACCCAGACAGGCUGUUUGGAGGCCCGGUCUGUGGGAACGGUUAUGUGGAGCAGGGGGAAGAGUGCGACUGUGGAACAGUGGAGGAGUGUAACAGCACCUGCUGUAACCCCGCCAACUGCACCCUGCUGUCCGGUGCUGUGUGCGACAUGGGCGAGUGCUGUCAGGGCUGUCAGCUGAAGCCUUCGGGAGAGCUCUGCAGACAGAAGACCACUGAUUGUGACCUUGCUGAGUACUGCAGUGGACAGUCUCCACAGUGUCCAGAUAACCAGUUUCGUCCGAAUGGGAUACCCUGUCAAAACACUGAGGCCUACUGCUACAAUGGAGGCUGUUUCACCCACACUGACCAGUGCAGGACACUUUGGGGUGAUGGUGCAGACAAGGCCCAUGACAUGUGUUUCCAGUCGGUGAACCUCCGGGCUGACCAGUACGGACACUGUGGGAUGGACCAGGACGGAAACUACCGGGCUUGUGCCGAGACGGAUGCCCUUUGUGGCAAACUCCAGUGCCAGGGAGGAGGGGAAGCGCCCAUCAUCGGGUCGGGCGCCCAGAUCAUCACCACGACGGUCACCCUGCCGAACGGGCGGGAGCUCAGGUGUCGAGGCGUGUACGUAGACCUGGGGGGCGACAUCCCAGACCCGGGGCUGGUCAUGGCAGGCACCAAGUGUGGACAGGAUAAGGUGUGCUACAACAACAGGUGUGAGCUCAUCACAGCUCUCUUCCCUAACAUCACCACGACAACCGCAUCAUGGUGGACAUCAUCUCCCAUAGCAACACAAACAACAACAACAACACAGGUCACACCGCAACAAACAGCCUCCAGUACAACAGGGGCAGGCCACACUGGUGUUGCUAUGACAACACAGAAUGUUUCCAUGGCAACACAGCUCCAGACCACACCCCAGGGGACCGGCUGGUGGAUCGACAUCAUGCCAGGUACAAAAGACGUUCUCGUGUUCUUCCUCGUAUUUCUCCUGCUCAUCCUGCCACUGGCUGGUCUGGUCUACUUCUUCUGCCACGAGAACAAGGUUUUUUGA